UCCCUGUAGUUCAUCAGCUGCACUGGGAAGUUCUUUUUCUGAAGCUCUCCCAUCAAUCAUCACAGCUGGAGAUGUGAUUUUUUUAAGUCAGAUCUCAGCUGCUUUGGAGAGAAGAAAGGCUCCGAUAACAGAGGCACUUUCUCUGGUGUUUUGGGCAUGGAUUAGUUUGAAGCCAAGAGCUGGCUGUCCUUAUCUCCACCUCCAAAGGUGUAGCUCUUGCAGCACUCCAACAGUGAGUGCUGAAGGCUGUGAGGGUUUUAGGUGGGACACCAAAAACAGCUGCCAAGAGCAAGCCAGGAACCUUUCGCACCAAGCCAGGACACCCCCAGCGGUCCCUCCUCCCCGCGGGGUGUGCUCCGGGCUCCCUUGCCGCUGGGACCCGAACUACAAACCGCAGCUCGACUGCCGGGAGGAUCUUCACCCCGAGCUCAAGCUGGUGGUUUUCGGGUCUGCAGCUGCCGUGCACAGCCUGGGAGGGGACGGAAGGUUCCUGUGCCAGCGGGCGAGGGAUCCUGCCCCGCCAGGGGAAGGGCUGCUGAUCGGCGAGCGGGGAGCGGCGCUCACCCCCGGCGGCAGGAGGCGGCGAGCAGAUGUGCUGCGGGGGAAGCGUGCCCCGGAUCCCCCUUUUAAUCACCCUACUCCUGAAAAGCAGAGCACGAAAUGCCGUGUAAAGCCCUGCCCGGAGCCCCCGAGCCCGUCCUGCAGAAGUUGGUCUGUUCGUGGUAACACCUUUUUGCAUCCUUCUAUCCAAAAGAUAAAAAGAUGAAAGCCCUGGUCAUGCUUUGCAGCAAAUUUCAUGUAACACGCGAGGGGAACUGAAGCAGAAACCAAAGCCAAGGCAAAGCAGCGUCUGACCUUGUCACUGGGGGGCAGAAAACAGCCACUGCUUCCACUGGUGCUUCCUUCAGCUCCCUGGGCAAUGUGGAAUUGCAGAGAGCUCACAAAGUGCAAGUUCCUUCCAGGUCCGUGGGGUGAAUAAAAAUUGUUAAUUCUUGGCUUGAUUUGUCAUCCUUUGGGGGAAAAAAAAAGGUAUGUCAGCCUGGCCAUUAUACAGUUAGACCAAGCACAACUGGAAGUGGGUUGCUCCAGAGAUGAGAGUGACUGAGGCCAGCAAAGCCAAGGAGAAGCCUGUUCAGCUGCACAUCUACCCGGGAUUCCUUGGAGAGGUGAUAAAGUGAGUAAUAAGGCAAAGUGGGAGUUAUAAAGUGGAUGCGACAGCUCCAGCAGAACUUCUUCUUACUGCCACAUAGGCUCGUUACAAAGCAACAAACGCUAUUUGGAAAUCUGUUUGGGGAAAAAAAUGCACUUUGAGCAUCUCUGCACUUCUUGUGUCUGAAGCAUUGAUCAGGAAAAUCGGCAGUACAACGCCAACAAAGGAGAAGAGAAUAUGGUGAAGGCAGCUAAGGAAAUUGAAAUGGAGAACCCAAGAGAGGCAGAGACUCCCAGCACAGGGGCCACAUGUUCCCCACCAGAGGAACAAGCUAAAAAACCCUCCAUGCUGUGUUUUAAGAAGCGUAAGAAGUCCUGUAAGAAGGGACUGACUGUGAAGGAUGCGUGCGAAGGAGCCUCAGAGGAGAAAAGCCAGUGUGUCAGCGCUGACCAAGGGGAGGCCAAGGCUUCCAAUCCACCACGAUCCUCCAGGGGAACCUGGGCAGCCAUCAAAAACCUUGCCAGGCCUCAGAGAAGGCAGAAAUCCUCCUCACGGAAGAAGGUGCCCUCUGAUUCCCAAGUGCAGCUGGAGGUGGACGCUGAGGAGAGCUGUGCACAAGAACUCCCAAAGAAACGGGCGAGCUCUGGGGUGAAGAUGCCCUGUGUGAGGUUCUCCAGAGGUAAGAAAAAACCCAGCCCCUCAGAAGCAGUGGAGGAGUCAGAGGGCAGUGCUCAAGCAAAUGAAGUGAUGGGUGUUGUGAAUAAGGCUAUUGAAGAGCCAGAGGAUUUGUCCCCGACAGACAAAUCUGAGUCCCUCAGGCCAGUCUCUGCACAGGAGGAGCAGGGUACAGCGAAGCAGGAGCAGCAUAGAAUGAAGGAGGACCAGGAUACAAAGAAGAAGGACCAGGAUACAAUAAAAAAGGACCAGGAUUCAGUGAAAGAGGACAACCAUACAGCAAAGGAAAGUGACACCUCUGUUGGGAAGAGUGAGCCCCCGACAGAGCCCACACGGGAUGCAGAACAUUCGGAGUGCACUGUUCAGCUGGAGAUAACCAGUUCAGAGACAUUUGAUGAAACAGCCCAGGACAAACUGCAGGAAGGGAGUCUGCCCUCAGCCACAGACGAUGAGGAGGGCAGGGCAGUUGCUCCCGAAGUGCCUGCUUCUAAAGAUCAGCCUGACAAUGCCCCUGAAAUCACAGAGUGCCAGGAAAUCCCUCAUAUCUCCAAAGAGGUGCCUGAAAGGGAUGAAUUGGAAAAGAGCAUAAAUCUUUCUAAGGAGUGCAAAGCUGAGGAGACUGUAACUGAUUUCAGUGAGUUGGCAUCCAGAGGUGAUGCAGCGAGUGUGCAGGAAGCAGCAAAUGUGCAGGAUGCAGUGAGUGUAAAGUAUGCUACAGGUGUGCAGGAGGCAGCAAGUGUGAAGCAUGCAGUCAGUGUAAAGUAUGCUACAAGUGUGCAGGAGGCAGACAGUGUGAAGGAUGCAGUGAGUGUGAAGGAUGCAGUGAGUGUGAAGGAUGCAGUGAGUGUGCAAGAGGCAGCAAAUGUGCAGGAUGCAGUGAGUGUGCAGGAUGCAGUGAGUGUGCAGGAGGCAGAGAGUGUGCAGGAUGCAGUGAGUGCACAGGAAGCAGUGAGCAUGCAGGAUGCCACAAGUGUGCAGGAUGCAGUGAGUGUGCAGGAUGCAGUGAGUGUGCAGGAUGCCACAAGUGUGCAGGAUGCAGUGAGUGUGCAGGAUGCCACAAGUGUGAAGGAUGCAGUGAGUGCACAGGAUGCAGUGAGUGUGCAGGAUGCCACAAGUGUGAAGGAAGCAGUGAGUGUGCAGGAGGCAGCAAAUGUGCAGGAUGCAGCGAUAGUGAAGGAUGCCACAAGUGUGCAGGAUGCCAUGAGAGUGCAGGAUGCAGCGAGUGUGCAGGAUGCAGCAAGUGUGCAGGAUGCAGAGAGGGUAAAGGACGCAGCAAAUGUGCAGGAUGCAGCAGGCAUGAAGGAUGCAGUGAGUGUGCAGGAUGCCAUGAGUGUGCAGGAGGCAGCAAGUGUGCAGGAUGUCACAAGUGUGCAGGAUGCAGAGAGUGCACAGGAGGCAGCAAGUGUGCAGGAAGCAGUGAGUGUGGAGGAAGCAGUGAGUGUGCAGGAGGCAGAGAGUGUGAAGGAUGCAGAGAGUAUGCAAGAUACAGCAAGCCUGCAGCAUGCCACAAGUGUGCAGGAUGCAGUGAGUGUGCAGGAGACAGCGAGUGCCCAGGAUGCAGCAAGCGUGAAGGAUGCAGCAGGUGUGCAGGAGGCAGCGAGUGUGGAGGAUGCAGUAAGUGUGCAGGAGGCAGCAAGCGUGCAGGAGGCAGCAAGCGUGCAGGAUGCAGGAAGUGUGCAGGAUGCAGCAAGCGUGCAGGAGGCAGCAAGCGUGCAGGAUGCAGGAAGUGUGCAGGAUGCAGCAAGUGUGCAGGAGGCAGCAAGUGUGGAGGGGGCAGCAGGUGUGCAGGAGGCAGCAAGUGUGCAAGAGGCAGCAAGUGUGGAGGAUGCAGCAAGUGUGCAGGAAUGCUCCAGCCGUCAGAUACUAGAAGCAAAUGCAGGCGCUGGUGUCAGCAUCGUCAUCACCAUCACCGAAGCUGAGGACUCUGACAACACCGACUCUGACCAGGCCUAUGAGCCUUCCCCAGUUUUGCACCAAAAAAAGCAAAAAGGGAAUAAAAAAUCAAACAGGAACGCUGAUGUUGGUCAAAAAGAGGGCCCUGAGGCUGGUGGCGGUCCCCAGGCAGAGGAGAAGGGUCUGGGUGACCAGGGGCACAGAACUGGGGAGCAGUACGAGCUGCUCCUCAUAGAAACCGCCUCCUCCCUCGUGAAGGCGGCCAUUCAGUCAUCCAUAGAGCAGCUGGUCAACGAAAUGGCCCUGGAACAGAAUAAGCACAACAGCUUUCUGUGAUGGCAGCCUUGCCCAGAGAGAAAGGGCAGAGGGAGUGAUUUCAAGCUCCGUUUGGCCUGCGGGGUGUGUGGAGAACUGGGAGAGCUCCCAGCGCCGCGGUGUGGUUCAUUCUGCAUGCCCGUUCAGUUGUGUCCAUGUGAAACGAUCCCGGGACGUGGGCAGGCCCUGCUGAGGGCAGCGUGUCCCCUGGGCCUUCAGACAGCGCCACUGGCCACAGCUGCGGAAACAUUAAGGUGUUACAGUGACUGUAUUUCCACUUAUUGGCGCAUUUCUGUCACGGCCACAUCUCUGCUGUCCCCCAUGCCCUGUUUCCCUGCUGUUCUCGCUGUAGAUCUGUGCAUACCAUGUGUUGGAAGAAAGGCCCUGAGAGGCAGCAAGUGGCCGACCUGCUGCUGGGGUGGAUUCGGGGCACGCUGAAACAGCUGGAGCCUCUCUGGGCCUUUAUUGCAGAUGAGGAAGAACGAAGUGUCUGCAAUAUUAACCAGAAACCAUCAAUGCCGGGCUGUGCUUUGUGCUGUGACCGGCCCUCGCUAGGCCCGGGUGCCAGGAGCCGCGGUCAGUGCUGUGGCCCGAAGCCGGGGGUUCCAGCGAGCUCUCUCCUUUCUUCCCUCGGCCUGUCCCCUGUCAGGAGCAGCCUGUGCAUCUCCAGACGCUACAGCUCAGCAUCAGCCUCGCCCUGCUGACCCCGGGCUGAAAGCGACAGCGCCUCGUCUGCUGGGGGAGCCUUUCUCGCACCAUUGAACUCGACGGGCAGAAUUCCCUGCGGGAUCACGGGCUUGGCCGGGCAGGAGCAGCCCUGCCGCCGCCCGCCCCUCGCCCCCCUCGCCUUCCUCCAUCCCCGUCCCGGUGUCGUGCUGAAGCUCUCCUCGGAUGUAGCAUAUUUUUUUAUCCAUGGCAUGCGAUAUAAAUAGCAGUGAGCUGCAUGCGUGUUAGCAGUCAGCAGAGUUGGGGAAGCUGCAAUGUGCUGCCGGCACAGGCUGGGAUUGCUUUGAUUUGGUCUGAGUGCCGCUGGCUGCCCCGGCUGCUGGCGGAGCCUGUCCCGCACCGCUCCCCCCUCAAAGCCCUCCCGCCUCCAUCCAGCCCAGGCACCCCUUGGGAAUCGCAUUGUGCCCGGCUUGCUGCCACCAGGCUCUGGCACGCCAUGGAGCUCGCUCGGAAACAUGCAGGGAAAUGCUGGAGCAAUCUUAGCAAAGUCCUCAGGGGAAAAAAAUCCUGACAUGAGGACAUGGCUGGAAAAUGCCUGGACAAUCCUACUGCUGUCAGACCCCAGAACUGCCCUGCCCGAGGGGUUUGCACCGUGUGUGUGUGUGUGUGUGUGUGAGCAUCACCUCCAGCUACCAGCACCCCAGGAGAAAGGAGCCUUUUAAAAAUAUGGGAUUGCAUCUGCAUGGCUGGGAUUUGUGUCCAGCUGUGGGCAAGGCAGUGUGUUCCUCUGAGAGAAUUCUCAUGCGUGUUCCUCAGCUGGCACAGAAAUAGCAGCCGUGCUUGGUGAUUGCUCACUGACCGUGCACUGAGAUUUCCCUGCCCAGCACAGGCUUUGGAUUCCUGCUGAAAUACAAGGGCUGUACCUGUCCCUCCUAUCUGGUGCACAAACAUGUUUUAAACCUUGAUAAAACAUCUCCUCGAUGUCAUGAGAGGACUGCCAGCAGCAAGAGCCACAGCUCAUCUCUGUGCAAGUAAAACUUAAAAAAACCCAGAGGGUGGUAAAGAAAAAAAAAGUGUCUUUUUCUUCCUGUGAAUUUGUUUAUUAAGUUAUCAGCUAUUGAUAAUUCAGUGUGUACAAUUUUAAUGGCUUUGUACUUCAUACUGGUCCUUCCAGGUAUUUUGCCAUAGUUUUGAAAAAGGGACUUUUAAAGGACUUUUAGACAUACCUUUGGAGCUGCCACAGCUCACCCCAGGAAAAGCCAUCCUGGUGCUGGGAGAGGCUUACAGGAUUACACUGGGCACUGUGGCAGGCUGGUGCUGAGCAGAGGGCUGCAGCAUUGCUGUGGGAUCCCACUGGAGUCAGCUGCAGAGGAGGAUGUCCAAGCUUUAGUAAAUAAACACAAAAUAACCCCCCAGGGCCAGACUGUCGGCCUCUGUCAGCCUGCUAAGCUGUUUUGGGAGGAUUUGGUGUUAUUUCAGUACUGCCUUCUAGGUGAAACAUCUUCAAAGAAGGAGGAGAAUGGCAAAAAUGCCCAGUCCAGCCCUGCCCUGUGACUUGCUCCAUGUCAGGGGUUGGGUUUGCAUCCUCUCUUGUAUCUGGUUUUCCCUCUGUUAUAGCUGUACAUAGAACUGAUGAUUAUUUCAUUAAAGCUGAAUGUACCUGUU